GCCGGAUUCCUGUCAGCGGCGGCCGAGCCCGACCCUGACAGCGCGUGAAGCCCCUGGCCUAGCCCGGCCCGCAGUGAGCGCGGCGCGCCCUCUCGGCUCCCGGCGUCUCCCCUCCCCGCGCCGGGGCGGCGGAGGCAGCAGCGCCCCUCCUCCCGGCGGCCCCCCAGCCCCUGCCGGGCCGCGAAGCUGCGAUGCCCUCGGACUUCAUCUCUCUGCUCAGCGCCGACCUCGACCUCGAGUCCCCCAAGUCUCUCUACUCCAAGGAAUCUGUCUAUGACCUCCUCCCAAAGGAGUUGCAGUUACCACCCUCCAGAGAAACAUCUGUAGCAUCCAUGAGCCAAACAAGUGGUGGUGAGGCAGGUUCGCCUCCUCCAGCUGUAGUUGCUGCUGAUGCUUCUUCAGCUCCCUCCUCUUCCUCCAUGGGCGGUGCUUGCAGCUCCUUUACCACCUCUUCCAGUCCUACCAUUUACUCUACCUCAGUCACCGACAGCAAGGCUAUGCAAGUGGAGAGCUGCUCCUCAGCCGUGGGGGUAAGUAACCGAGGGGUAAGUGAAAAGCAGUUAACCAGUAACACAAUCCAGCAGCAACAGUCAAUGCCGAAGAGACAUACAGUCCUGUACAUCUCACCACCACCUGAGGAUUUGCUGGAUAACAGUCAGAUGUCCUGCCAAGAUGAAGGGUGUGGAUUGGAAUCAGAGCAGAGCUGCAUUAUGUGGAUGGAGGAUUCCCCCUCCAACUUCAGUAACAUGAGCACCAGUUCCUACAAUGAUAACACUGAGGUGCCACGUAAAUCACGCAAACGAAAUCCAAAGCAGAGGCCAGGGAUCAAACGUCGAGAUUGUGAAGGAUCCAGCAUGGAUAUAUUUGAUGCCGACAGUGCCAAAGCUCCUCACUAUGUCCUUUCUCAGCUCAGCACGGACAGCAAAGGCAACUCAAAAGCAGGAAAUGGAGCAUCAGAAAGCCAGAAAGGAGCCGGAGGGAAGAAGAGCCCGAUGUUGUGUGGUCAGUAUCCUACUAAAAGUGAAGGCAAAGAGCUGAAGAUUGUGGUACAGCCGGAGACCCAGCACAGAGCUCGGUAUUUGACUGAGGGCAGCCGAGGCUCAGUGAAAGACAGGACACAACAAGGUUUUCCAACUGUAAAGCUGGAAGGUCACAAUGAGGCAGUAGUUCUGCAAGUGUUUGUGGGUAAUGACUCUGGUCGAGUGAAGCCACAUGGGUUCUACCAGGCCUGCAGAGUAACGGGGCGAAACACUACUCCCUGCAAAGAGGUGGACAUAGAGGGUACUACGGUUAUAGAGGUUGGCCUUGACCCUGGCAACAACAUGACACUUGCGGUUGAUUGUGUAGGAAUACUGAAGUUGAGAAAUGCAGACGUUGAAGCUCGAAUAGGGAUUGCUGGUUCCAAGAAAAAAAGCACCCGUGCCAGAUUGGUGUUUCGUGUAAACAUCACUCGGAAAGAUGGCUCAACUUUAACGCUCCAGACACCCUCCUCUCCAAUUUUAUGCACUCAACCAGCUGGCGUGCCAGAGAUCCUCAAGAAAAGUUUGCACAGCUGUUCAGUGAAGGGGGAAGAGGAAGUCUUUCUGAUUGGCAAGAACUUUCUUAAGGGAACAAAAGUGAUCUUCCAAGAGAAUAUUUCUGAUGAAAACUCUUGGAAAGCAGAAGCUGAAAUAGACAUGGAAUUAUUUCAUCAGAAUCAUCUUAUUGUGAAGGUGCCACCAUAUCACGACCAGAAAAUAACCUCAUCUGUUUCUGUGGGGAUAUAUGUGGUGACCAAUGCUGGAAGAUCUCAUGAUGUGCAGUCAUUUACAUACACUCCAGAUACAUCUGGUACUCUGAAUGUUAAUGUGAAGAAAGAAAUCUCCAGCCCAGCACAGCCUUGUUCUUUUGAAGAGGCUAUAAAAGCAGUGGCAGCCACUGGCUGUAACCUGGAUAAAGUAAAUAUUCUUCCUAGUGCCUUGAUAACUCCACUUAUGCCGACCAGUGUGAUUAAGAAUGAAGAUGUGGCUCCAAUGGAAGUUACAGCCGAAAAAAGAUCUCCCACUAUCUUCAAGGCUACAAACGUGGUUGGACCAACUCAACAAACAUUAGAAAAUAUGUCCAGCAUAUCAGGAAAUGGAACCUUUUCAACUGCUGCUUCUCAUUUACCUUCUGAGAGUGAAAAACAGCAGCAGAUACAGCCUAAAAUGUAUAAUGCAGAGACUCUGACUACUAUCCAAACACAGGACAUUUCACAGCCCGGUAGCUUUCCUGUCUCUGCUCCCAGCCAACUGCAGAAUAGUGAUGCGCUAUUGCAGCAAGCUGCACAGUUCCAGACGAGAGAGUCCCAACCCAGAGAGGUGUUACAAUCAGACAGCCCUGUAGUUACUUUGUCACAGUUAACUGAGGCUUCGCAGCAACAACAGUCAACACUAUCAGAACCAGCACAGACACUACAGCAACAGAUUUCAUCAAGUAUUUUCUCACCAGCAAACAGUGUGAGUCAGUUACAGAACACUAUACAGCAACUGCAAGCUGGCAAUUUUCCAACCAGCACUGCCAGUGGAAGCAGUGGAAAUGUUGAUUUGGUCCAGCAAGUCUUAGAAGCUGAACAGCAGUUAUCUUCUGUUUUGUUUUCUGGGUCAGAUAGUAGUGAGGAUGUUCAAGAGCAACUCAGCGCAGACAUUUUUCAGCAAGUUAGUCAAAUCCAAAACAGUGUAAAUCCUGGGAUAUUUUCCUCAUCAGAGACAGCAGUCCAUUCCAGGCAAGAGAAUCUUUUGUCUGGAAGAGCUGAAAAUGUCCAUCCACAGCCUGAGAGCUCAUUGUCCAAUCAGCAGCAGCAGCAGGCAAUGGAGACUUCUGCAGCAAUGGUGAUUGGAAUGCAGCAAAGUAUGUGCCAGGCUGCAACACAGAUGCAAUCUGAUCUAUUCUCCUCAGCAGCUUCAGGAAAUGGAAACCUCCAGCAGUCCCCUGUUUACCAGCAAGCUUCCCACUUGCUAAGUGGGCUAUCAACAAGCGAAGACAUGCAGAUGCAGUGUGAGUUAUUCUCCUCAUCUUCUGGUGUUUCUGGAAAUGAAACAACUACUACUGCUCAGCAGCAAGUCUCGACCAAUGGCUCUACCAUGUUUCAGACAUCGAGUUCUGCAGAUGGAGAAGAAGCUUCAGGACAGAAUAAACAGAUGCAAAACAAUGUGUUUCAGACCAUGGUUCAGAUGCAACACAGUGGGGAAAGUCAGCCUCAAGUUAACCUUUUUUCAUCUACGGAAAACAUGAUGGCCGUUCAGGCAGGUGGAACUCAACAGCAGGGAGGUGGACUGUUCCAGCAAGGUGGGGAAAUUAUGUCUAUUCAGUCAGGAAGUUUCAUGCAGCAAUCCCCACAUUCACAAGCUCAACUUUUUCACUCUCAGAAUCCCAUUGGUGAUGCUCAAAAUAUAUCCCAGGAAACACAAGGGUCUAUUUUUCGUAGUCCAAAUUCCAUUGUCCACAAUCAGACCACUUCCUCUUCUUCAGACCAAUUGCAGACUCCAAUGUUCCACUCCCAGAACACCCUGGGUGUAUUGCAGAGCUCUUCUGUACCUCAAGACCAGCAAUCAGCCAACAUGUUCCUUUCCCAGAAUUCAAUGAACAACCCUGUAACUCAAGAAGAACAGAUGUCAUUCUUUACAACACAGAAUUCCAUUUCUCCACUUCAGACAGCCACAAACACUGAGCAGCAAACUUCUUUCCAGCAGCAGGCACAGAUACCCCACAUUCAGAACCCUAUGAUUCCCCAAGAUCAACCCCAAGCUCAGCCCACUCAGCAGGGUUUGUUUCAGACACAAGUAUCACUAGGCUCCCUCCAGUCUAGUACAAUGCCCCAGAACCAACAAGGGGCUAUCUUCCAGCCUCAACAUUCAAUGGUUGCUAUUCAGAGUAGCCCUCCAUCCCAGGAACAGCAGCCACAGCAGCAGAACAUGAUGUUCAGUACUCAAAAUACGAGUACAAUUGCUUCUCAGAAGCAGACGAUGAUUUUCAACCCAAAUCAAAAUCCAAUCACUAAUCAGGAGCAGCAGAACCAAUCUCUUUUUCAUGCACAAUCCAAUAUGGCGCCAAUGAAUCAAGAUCAACAGCCCAUGCAGUUCCAGGGUCAAACAACAGUGACUCCACUUCAGAAUCCUGGGUCCAGCCAGCCAGAGACACAGCAGCCCACCAUGUUUCAUAACUCACCCCAGAUUCAGUUGGUUCAAGGAUCACCAGGUUCUCAAGAGCAGCAAGUCACCCUCUUCAUCUCUUCAGCUUCCAUGUCUGCCCUGCAGACUAGCAUGAGCCAGCAAGAGCUGCAGCAGUCUCCCACCUACUCUUCUCCGAACAAUCUGACAGGGAUUCAGGGAGCUGCUUCUCCUGCACAGCAACAGUCUUCUUUGUUUCACAGUACAACAGGAAGUGCUAUCAACCACCUGCAGAAUUCUCCUGCUUCAUCUCAACAGACUUCAGGAAUAUUCCUAUUCGGGAUUCAAAACAACUGUGGCCAGCUGUUAACCUCUGGACCAUCUGCAUUGCCAGAUCAGCUGAUGACUAUAAGUCAGCCAGGUCAGCCACAGAGUGAGGGGCAACCUGCAGUGACAACGCUUCUGUCCCAGCAGAUAUCUGAGAAUUCUCCACUACCUUCAUCUAUGACAACCAAUCAGUGUAUAGAGAAAAUUGAUGACUUGCUUGUGUCAUUACAAAACCAGGGGAACAACAUGGCUGGCUCAUUUUAAUUGGCCAAAAAUUCUGUGAAGGAAAAGAUGAUUUCCAAGAUCCCCUCAGACCUUGUGGCUCUGGAUUAGGGUUUAUGGAGCUGAACUGUUCUGUUAAAGAAUAGCUUAUACCCAAGCAAAUGUGUAGACUUCACUCUCUUUUUCUAAAGAGCACAUAUGCUGCCUACUGCAGUGUCUAGCAAUUGAGGCUAUAAUGAUAGCAUUUGAGACUCCUGAAGCCAAUAAUGGCUGAAAAGCUGUGCUUUGUGUUACAGGGGGUGGAACUGGACGGUUACCACAUUCCUAGGCCCCAUUAGUCAAUGGGCUGCUGUUUUAAUUCAAAGCAUGACUGCUCAGCUAUUAUUGUUAGAAAAUAACAUGUUAUCAUGUUUACUUUUUCUUUUCUUCCCUUUUUCCUUCACAACCCCUCUGUUGAGUGGGAAAGCUUGUGAAGCAGAACCAUCAUGUGCCCUAACUCGUGCUGUGAUUCAUGGCAUAGCUGUCAGUCAGUGAAGGAAUUGCAGUUGUUACAGUAGAGCUGAAGGACCAUUGCAAGGGUGUGUUAAUCGCAGCAGCAGGUGGUGGUGGUGAUAUAUAUAAUAUGCAAUCAGAAAAUCUGCUACAACUCUAGGAGCAGCCAGAGAGAUGUGAGUGCUUCCCAUCUGAGGGUGUGAUUAACAGCUUUCUGUCUGUACUGAUGGUUUUAGAUAUAAACUGCAUAGAGUAAGAAUUAGGUGGCUCUGUCAAAAUGAAGGGAAAAGUCACAGUAAAUUGUGUUCUAAAAUCCUACCUUCUAAAAUACCUUAAUCUGAAGAGAGCAAUCUGCCUAGCUGAGGAAACAACUGCUUAAUACCGCUCACUAUUUUGGCAUAGAUUAGAACUUGAACAUUAUCCUUUCUCAUGCCAGGCUGCCCUCUUUCAUUCUUUCCAUGCUCUUCCCUCCCUCCCCCUAAUUUUAUAUAGUUUGUUUCCUAAGCAAACACAAAUAUGCUUCCGGUUUUAGAAACUGAAGUAACUCUUAGGUGUCCAAGGCACCUCUCACUGUGGUAGCAAAAUGCCAAGCCAGUGGCUGCAUCUUUAUACAUCACCAGGGUUUGUGGGAGUGAGAAAAUACUGGUUUUGUCUCCAUCCCCCAGACUUCCUGAAUCCUAGAGGAACCCUGCUUUUUCCUCUUGUUGCUGAUUUAAAGUCUUAAACUUUAUCCCAGAUGGGGGCAAACAACAUAAUUUUUCAUCGUUCUUUAAAACAUCACUUCAAGCUGAGCUGCUGCAUCUUUGUAGCUUUCUCAGUUCAUUGCAGGUUUGAAGCAUCCUUUUUACUAGCAGUCCCCAUGAGUUGUAGCCUCUCUGGGGUCAUACAUUAAUUAAAAACAAUUUACUCAUGUUUUACAGUAGCUAAGAAUAACCCACUCCAGGCCAUGCAGUUGUAGUGGGAGGAAUGUGGAUUCUUUCAGAUGCUCCAACUAGUCUAAGAGAAAUGUGGUGCCUCAUUACAACCUCAGGCAGAUGUUUUCUUCAGUCUUUUCCCUCUCCUGCAUGUAGAAAGCUGUUAAUGCAGGUUAGAGCCAAACAGCUGUCAUGAGUGGCUUCUAUGCUUUGGUGUAGCAUAGUUGGUAUGCUGUCACUUUUCAUUUUGGUUAUUUUAAAUAAUGGAGAGUAGCCUGUAAAUGUUUUUUAAGUUACCCUAGUCUGUUUACUGCGUGUUUUUUCUAACUUGUGCACCUAGUUGAGCCAUGUAGAGUUGUUCUUUGGUUUUAACGGUUUUUCCCGUGUGUCAAUGUCAUGAUGUUCAUUUUCUCUCUUUGUGUGUCUCUCUCUCAUUGAGAGGCAUUGAAUUACGUUUUCAGUCGUAAGGCUUCUUGCCGAUAUGAAGGGAACUUUUCAGAAAGAGACCUGCUCUGGGUCAUUUAAUUUUGAAUACAGUUUUCAAUCGUUCAAGUUUUGGAUGGUUUAUAUCUAAUGUGUGUUUCAUUUUUUUGGAAAGCUAUAUUUUGUAUUUAGGAUAUGGUAUACUAUUUUGCUAUUUGUACUGAGUGAGUACAAUGGCAUAAAUAUAAAAAUUUAUAUAUAUACAAAUAUAUAUAAUAUUCUUUUUGCCACACAUUUUUGUGGUAAUUUGUGAGUUUGUCUGAUGUUCUACCACAACGUGGCGUCUGAUAAUGGUGGGGGUGAGGGUGGGGUUUGUUAUGUCUUUACUAAGUAUUUAAGUACUUUUUGCAACAUAAAUAGUUUGUUCAUCUUGGGCCAUUCCAUCUGGCAAUGUGUUGUUCCAGUUGGCUCUGGACAACUUCAGUGUGUGUUUGUGUCUGUCACACAGCAGUGGGAUGUAGUAAGGAAACCCAUUUAGACAACUGUCUGAUGGGAUUUCAUUCAGAAUGAGCCAUUCAGCUUUUACUCUGUCACUGUCUAUUUAAUAUUUUAUUAGCUCCUUUGUGUUGUAUCUUUUAAUUUAUAAUUACACUAAAAUGUUUGAAAUUAUAAUCAUGUUAAAGAACAUUUUCUCUCCUUCAUAAUGUCCAGAGCUGCUUUUUAACUCUGAACCAUACGCUUUUCUGCCGAUAAUUUUUCUCCUGCUAUGGAAAAAAGUAAAAUAAAAUCCUUUGUUAUGGUUCAGGACAUGAAAGAGCAGCCUGUCCGCACUGAAUGAGCGCUGUAUGAGGAUGCAUAGAAGGGUUCUGCACAGCGUCGGAUUGAAUACAUCAUCCGUUUGUAAUCAGUUUGUAAGAAACUGGUGACUUCUGCAAGAGCAGCUUGUUCGGACGAGAAUGUUUGGUGAUAUCUUGAUGGCUGCGUAGGCUGACAGUGGGCAGAAUGAGGUGAUGGGGAUGAUAAACUGACUUGUGUGCUGUUUGUUUUGUUUUGUUCUUUUGAAGGAGAGCAUCCUCAUGAUGAAACGUCGUUGGUCAGUGCCAAGAAACCAGGGACCAAUUCUCCAUUUAAUAAGAUUGGUGUCCAAAAUAGAACCUUUUACCAGGACUGCUACAAUUCCCAUUGUGGGGGGAAUGUUUAAAUGUGUGCAUAUUUUUAGGUUGUUUAUUACAAGGGCUGUGCUACCAUAUUCAAAUGACUAAAUAAUGACAUCUGUAUUUUCUUUUGUGUCAAAUUUACUGUGUCUGUUUUAGGUCAGUGUUAAAUGUAUAACAUUUUGAACAUGUGAUUUGGUUACAAAAAGUAUUUGUAUUCUGAAUGAAGGGUUUGCUCAGUGGUUGACAAGUGCUCUUGCUGCUGCUUUCAAACAGCUGUUACAGAGGAUAAAGAGCGGUUCAAUGAGCCAGCAAAGGCCUAGGAAACAGCUUACAGAAGUUGUUUUGUGGCAGAAGGACCCAAGUAUAAUGUGAACCACAUCUUUGUUCCUUCAGAGCCCUGCUCAUGCACUGUUUUGAUUUCAAUAGUUGACAAUGACUUUUGGAGCUUAUCCUUUGUUUUUUCUUUUACCCCCUGACUUAUUUAUUCCAUAAUAUGUCUGCAUCAGUAUGGAUAUUAGAGGAAGAGCACACAAAGUGGAUUGCCUAUAGAGUUAUUGAGAGGCAGGGGAAUCAAGUCCAGACCAGUUUGGUUUGAAAAGUUAGAAAUUACUUAAGGUAAAUGAAAAUAUAUGCAUCUUGAGUAGUCAAAAAAUGACAUUAACUAUUACCCCUUGCUUAUGAUAAACAUUACUUAAGAAGCCAGAUUGCCAAAGAUCAAAUGUUGGGGGCAUUAUUGCAAAAAAAAAAAAAAAAAUUGCUUUCAUAUCUGUCAGGCCAGCGUUCACUAAUGGACGUAGAUGGUUUUAUAGCUGUAUAUACUGGAUGGAAGCUGGAAAGCUGUAGAACUAUAUUUGUAGGGUGGAUUUUCUGUGUAGUGUUUCUUUUUCACAGAACCAUAGUGUUAUAUGGGACCUCAAAGAUCAUCUAGUCUAACCCUCUGCCAAGAUGCAGGAUUUGUUAUGACUAAACCACCUAAG